AUGCGACUUUUUUACGAGGGGAAUAAGACCAGUUACGAGGAGAAUAAGACCAGUUACGAGGGGAAUAAGACCAGUUACGAGGAGGAUCAGACCAUUUACGAGGGGAAUAAGACCAGUUACGAGGGAAAUAAGACUAGUUACGACGGGAAAAAGACUAGUUACGAGGAGGAUGCGACUAGUUACGAGAGGGAUAAGACAGGUUACGAGGGGAAUAAGACCAGUAACGAGGAGGAUAAGACCAGUUACGAGGGGAAUCAGACCAGUUACGAGUGGAAUAAGACCAGUUACGAGGGGAAUAAGACUAGUAACGAGGGGAAUAAAACCAGUUACGAGGAGGAUAAGACCAGUUACGAGGGGAAUAAGACCAGCUACGAGGGGAAUAAGACCAGCUACGAGAGGGAUAAGACCAGUUACGAGGGGAAUAGGACCAGUUACGAGGAGUAUAAGACCAGUUACGAGGAGGAUAAGACCUGUUACGAGGGGAAUAAGACUAGUUACGAGGGGAAUAAGACUAGUUACGAGGGGAAUAAGACUAGUUACGAGAGGGAUAAGACUAGUUACGGGGGGAAUAAGACUAGUUACGAGGAGGAUAAGACUAGUUGCGAGAGGGAUCAGACUAGUAACGAGGGGAAUAGGACCAGUUACGAGGGGAAUAAGACUAGUUACGAGAGGGAUAAGACUAGUUACGAGGAGAAUAAGACAAGUUACGAGGAGGAUAAGACUAGUUACGAGAGGGGUCAGACUAGUAACGAGGAGGAUGAGACUAGUUACGAGGGGAAUAAAACCAGUUACGAGGGGAAUAAGACCAGUUACGAGGAGAAUAAGACCAGUUACGAGGGGAAUAAGACCAGUUACGAGGGGAAUAAGACUAGUUACGAGAGAGAUAAGACCAGUUACGAGAGGAAUAAAACCAGUUACGAGCGGAAUAAGACCAGUUACGAGGGGAAUAAGACCAGUUACGAGGAUAAUUAUACUAGUAACGAGAGCGAUAAGACUAGUUACGAGGGGAAUAUAACCAGUUACGAGGGGAAUAGGACCGGUUACGAGGGGAAUAAGACUAGUUACGAGAGGGAUAAGACCAGUUACGAGGGGAAUAAAACCAGUUAUGAGGGAAAUAAGACCAGUUACAAUUGGGAAAAGACCAGUUACGAGGGGGAAAAGACCAGUUACGAGGGGGAUAAGACCAGUUACGGGAAGGAUAAGACCAAUAUCGAGAGGGAUAAGACCAGUUAG